CGUAAAAGAAGAAUAGAAGAAAGCUUGUUCGAUACUGCUACAAUCCAAUUUGAUUUGUCAAUAUGUGGAAGAGCAUAUGUUAAUUAUGUCCGAUAAAGAAGAUACAGAUAUAAAUAAAAAAUUCGAAGAUUUAUUGUUCGUGGAAGAAAGUGCUAAGCACGUAGGUUACGAAGAAGGUUACGAAGAAGGCAUUAUUGCGAAACAACAGUGGGUAGACGGAUUUCAUCUUGGCCAUCAUAGAGCUAGUUUGUUAGCUGCACAAUUGGGAUAUUACUGUGGUAUUUUGGAACAGUACUUGAGUACCAACAAAUGUAAUUCAGAGAAAGGAGUUUGUAUAGCAAAGGAACUUAUCGAACAAUUAAAUAAUUUUCCUAGAUACAACGACACAACAAUAGACAUACUCAAGACUGUAGAUGAUAUCAAAUUUAAGUAUGCCAAAUUUUGUUCAUUAACAAAAAUAUGUUCAUCGUACCCUGAAAUGGAUAAACUUGAUUUUUAA